UCUCUGUGCGCAUCUUCAUUCCGGCUACAGGAGGAAAGGUGCGCACACUGCCUGUCCCAUCCUCGGAUAGAAGUCUCCACUGAACUUCAAUUCAAACGACUUUUCUCGGUUACUUUUCUUCCAGUGACGGAUUUUGUGCUUCACAACUGAUAUUUUGGAGGACUUUUGAAUUUUACGCUGACACAAAAGUGUGAGGGACAGAGAACUCAUUACGCUCGUUAUUGAGGCUACAAUGUGCCGAUGAAGACUAUGGGUGUACUGAAGACUUAGUGAAGAGUUGCAUGGAACAGUUAAACAAGCAGAAGUUAACUGAUGGAGUUUAAAAGCACUUUUUCUGUUUCCGUGUGAAGUUCCCUCAGUUCUUUAAUGAUGGACGACAGACACCCGUCGAGGACUUUCACACCUGACUCCGCAGCUUUCGCCAACACAUGAAAGGAAGAACUAUGUUUUGUCUGAUGAAAUCUCGGAGCUUAUCGGACAGCAGCAGGGCUAUGGGGAUCAGGCAUGGGACAAAAAGCCAACAUCACUCCAAACCCACCUCGAAAAUAUUCUCCAUUUUUAUAUUGCUGCUGCUCAUCUUCACUCCCAGAGUGGACUCAUCGUGGUGGUACAUCGGGGCGCUGGGAGCUCGGGUGAUUUGCGACAACAUUCCCGGCCUGGUGAACAAGCAGCGACAACUGUGCCAGCGACACCCGGACGUGAUGCAGUCCAUUGGCGAGGGAGCCAAAGAGUGGAUUAAAGAGUGCCAGCACCAGUUCAGACACCACCGCUGGAACUGCAGCACGCUGGAGCGGGACCACACCGUGUUUGGCCGGGUGAUGCUGCGAAGUAGUCGUGAGGCAGCGUUCGUGUACGCCAUCUCUUCGGCCGGAGUGGUCUACGCCAUCACCAGGGCCUGCAGUCAGGGGGAGCUAAAGAUCUGCAGCUGUGACGGCCACAAGCGAGGCCAAGCCAGUGACGACAGGGGAACCUUCGACUGGGGCGGAUGCAGCGACAACAUCAACUACGGCAUUAAGUUCGCCAAGGACUUUGUGGACGCCCGAGAGAGGAUGGUAAAAGACGCUCGUGCAUCGAUGAACCUGCACAACAACCGCUGCGGUCGGAUGGCAGUGAAGCGCUUUAUGAAGCUGGAGUGCAAGUGUCACGGGGUCAGCGGCUCCUGUUCUCUGAGAACCUGCUGGCUGGCUAUGUCUGACUUCAGGCGGACUGGAGACUACCUCCGUAAGAAGUACAACACAGCCACUGAGGUGACCAUGAACCAGGACACUGAGGUGACCAUGAAGCAGGACAGGGCGGGCUUCAUGGUGGCUGACAAGGACUUCAAGGGAAGCACCAAGAACGAGUUGGUUUAUGUCGAGAACUCUCCAGAUUAUUGUCUCAUGGACCGCUCAGCAGGCUCCUUGGGAACAGCGGGCAGAGUGUGCAACAAGUCCUCCAGAGGAACAGAUGGCUGUGAGGUCAUGUGCUGUGGGCGGGGCUACGACACCAUGCGUGUCAAACGUGUCACCAAGUGUGAGUGCAAGUUCAAGUGGUGCUGCGCUGUGGAGUGCCAAUACUGUGAGGACAUGGUGGACAUUCACACCUGCAAGCCCCAUAAGCGACCUGAUUGGCUGGACGUGACCUAAGAAGGAGACCUGACCUAUCACAGUUUCCACUGACCAUUAACCUGCGCACUAAUUUUAUUAAAGGAUAUGUAAUUGGGAUCUAUUAACUGUAAUACCUCUGGCUUACGAUCUUUCGACACUUCCUGGAACUGAAACUUCACAGACCUUGAGGCUAAACUGGAAAUUAGAACCAGUUACUGACAAUGUGCUGCUUUAAAAACUGUUUCCAAGAACCACUUCUCCAAACUUUUUAAAGACAUUCUUAAAACCUUUAUGUACCACUGGUUGAUGCAGAUAUAUGAGAUAAUAUCUGCUUGUUUUGCAAUAUAUUAAGAAGGUGUGAGCACAUGACAUAGCGCAAAUUGUUGACAAUUUUUAUAGCAAUAUUUAGUCUGGAGAGACAUAAAGAAAGACGAGAGACCCUUCAUACUAGUGUAGGAACAUUGACAUUUUAAUAUGCAAAAUGAUAUGAAGUCAUUCUAUGUUACUGCGAGGAAAUCUUCCACAUACAAAAGACAGUUGCUGCUGCUGAUGAGUGCAUCUCUGAAGAACUCACACAAAGUCAGAGGGUGUUUAUGAAAAUAUGAACAAAAGCAGACAAUCACACUGUGAACCAAGCGAAAACCACUAACAAGAGCAACAAGCAAAGCAAAGACAAGUUCAGACUUUUAGCUAAAGUGGCAGCACUUUCAGCUCAACACAAUGAACUCUGGAAGGUUUUUUUUUGUGAGACAAAAAGGAAAAUCUAAGAGGCGAAUAUGAAGCUUCACAUGGAUCAUGAGCUGUUUUCAUACAGUAUCUAACAGUUUUUUAAAGUCUGUAAUUGUUCCAACACAUUCUGACUGUGUUGCCUUAUAGGAAAUGUCAGUUCUACCUCUGGUUCUCCUUUGUUUCAGUGUUACACUUACUCACAUCCUACGGUCCUUGCAUUCAUCAAAAAGAACUGCAGCUACCAAAAAAAGGUAUUUAGUAAAAAAAACUAUUUUCUGCAACCCACCACAGUUUUUCAGCAAAACGCUGAGUAGGCCGACCACAUGCGCCUAUACUGUGAUUCCAUUGUUCACCUGAUGGUCACACAGAAUCCCUGAAGUCAAGUGAGAAAAAACAAACAAUCUGGUGAUCCCUUUCCUCCCCUCAGUUUUGGUCUUCAGCUGCCAAAAUCCAUUAACGACCCAAUUAGAUAAUCUUUUAGCCGGAUCUUAUGUCAUUGGAACCUUAAACAAUCGACCCACAGUUUUUCUCUGGUUGCACUUGUUUUGUUAUUUAUCCAGUCCUUUUAACCUUGUUUUGAUGGCAGUCAACUCUAGAACACCUCGUCCUUAGAUGCUGAAGGCUAUGGAAAUAUAUUUUUUUAAACUUAAUAAUGCUACAAUACCAUACUAGUUUGUACCCAUCCCCUCAAUCUAUAUACACGUUUUUAAGGUUUUAAAGCUACGGACGGCUGCUGAUAUGUUUCAUUGUGUUUAACAAGGUAUUGUGGCCAAUGUUUCCAAUAAAAUCCCUUCAUGAUGGUCAGGUAGGGGUUUGGUUCUUCUAUAACUGGGUGCUGGUUGGUCUCAGUUGUUGAACUGCAACUUAAAAAAAACGUCUGGUUUUGAUACCAGUAAAUGAUGCAGUUGCAUGAGGCUCAUAUUUAAUUAGCAUCAUCUUAAUUACUGCCACAUUCAGCAGACAACGGCUGUGUCAACAGUUCACACUGCUGACAACAACGUAAUGCUACUACCCUUUAAUACGAAGGCCUUACAGAGUGCGUGAUAAAAGUGAGUUAUAUGCUGCUAUGUUUUCAUACAACCUAACAAACUGAACAGCAAGAUAUGUACAAAGCUGCAUAGUGUAAUUGUACAGAAGGUGAUAAUAAAAUAAAAGGUUCCUGUUCAUGAGAGCUUAAAUAUGUAUGAAGUUCUGUUGUUGUUUUUAAACCAGUCAUGAUUAUAAACACUGUGUUUCCAACGUAUGUGUUUGGUUGUAUCUAAAUGUAUGUAGAUUUUCUAAUCAUUUGGUCAGACAAAUCACUGACUCGUGCAACUUUCAGUCCUUUGUGCUCACAUUUGCUGGCGCUGGAUGUUUGAUUUGUGAGAAGUGAAGUAUUUUGUGAAACCUGGCCAAGAAGACAUUGCAGAAUAAGCAGUGAGGUAGCAAAAGACCCUGAAUUUAGCUUUGAAACAUCUGGUAGUGUGACCCGACAUCACGUUAGGCCGUUGGAGACACAGCCCUCCGAGGGAUUUAUAGAUCUAAAUGAAUCUGACAACAAGCUGUGGAUGCUGAGAGUCAACAAAUUUUUUCACGUCCACGUAAUGAGAAGGGGAGCCAAAGUAGAGUGCUUUGUAUGAGGCCAAGUGACACACCAUGUCAAACGUUCACAAGUCAAAAGUUAAUUGCGAACAAAAGAGGCUGUUUUGAAUGUAAAUGAGGAGCACCAUGGCCAUGUUUUCUUUAAGAUUAGAAAGGUGAGAGCUGUUCACACACAAUGGGGGCCAACCUAAGCCUGAAAAAUGUAUAUUUAAAUUCCCUAGUUGUACAGAGUAUAAUAAAGCACAACACCCACACUUUCUGUCUGUUCUGAGAUUUAACAUGUGAUGCCUAAAUCCACUCAACCCCACAUUAAUCUGUGCAUUGGAAUCAAAUGGUUAAGGGUGAAUGUUGUCAUAUGUUCAGCUGAAUCUAUUUACAACUCUGACAUGACAUUACAAUAGUUACACUUCAACAAAAUAAUCUUGUAAUAAUACAUGUAUAUGCAAUACAACGCACUUUUCAUUUAAAACAAAUCUCAAUGUGCUGUCAUGUCUCAACAGGUUGGAUUUGUCUGUUAAGGCUUGGUGCCACAUUGUCAAUUUAAUAUUCGGCCAUUGUUUGUUGAAACAGUGUGCUAGUUUUUCUUCCUGUCCAGGGAUAUUCUCCCCUUGAAAGGGGAAACAGGUCCUAAAAUACCUUACUGGCUCUAUAAUAAACCUUGAUAAUCCACCGUCUGUCACUCCCAUUAGAGGUCUUCCGUUCUCUACAAACGUAUGUCUCUUCUGUUUUAGCCCUUGUUCCUUAGGGUGAGGGUACUGAUAACAUUAAUGGAGACAGAAUUUACUGAAAGUUCCUCAUUUUUCAAAUGAAUGUCCAUGUUCAAAAUUACUU